AUGUCUUCCGCAGAAGCUCUCCCCGCCUACAAGCGCGACCUCAUCUCGCUCACCCUCUCGUCCAACAUCCUGACCUUUGGCUCCUUUACCCUCAAGUCCGGCCGUAUCUCGCCCUACUUCUUCAACUGUGGUCUGUUCUCCAAGGGCAAGCUCAUCCGCGGCAUCAGCGAGGCCUACGCCCGUACUGUCGCCGAAUAUUGCUCCGCCCAUCCCGAGUUCAAGUUCGACGUCCUCUUCGGCCCUGCCUACAAGGGUAUUCCUCUCUGCGCCACCACUGCCGAGAAGCUUGCUGGCAUUGACGAGGCAAAGUAUGGCGACCUCGGUUUCGUUUACAACCGCAAGGNNGAGGUCAAGGACCAUGGCGAGGGUGGUCUGAUGGUUGGCGAGAGCCUCAAGGGCAAGAAGGUCGUUGUCAUUGACGAUGUCAUGACUGCCGGCACUGCCAUCAGAGAGGCCAUCAGUAUUAUCAAGAGCCAGGGUGGCGAGCUCGUUGGCAUCAUUGUUGCCCUCGACAGACAAGAGAAGACUCCCAGCCAGAGCGAGAAGGAGGGCAAGCCCGAUGACGGCUCUGACAGACCAAGCACCAUCGGUCAGGUUCGCCAGGAGACUGGUGUUCCCGUCCUUGCUGUCUUGACCCUCGACGAUGUCAUUGAAGGUGUCAAGGGCCAGGCUACUGAGGAACAGCUCAAGGCUAUGGAGGACUACAAGAAGAAGUACGGCGCAAGCAACUAG